GGGUGGGGGUGGGGGGGGGAAACUAGAGUGUGUGUGGGUCAAGGCCUAACCUGUUGCAGGCACGGGUCUAUGCUCGGAAAUCGCCACGUUGAAACGUGCUUUUCGUGUUCCACACACACGCACGCUUUCUUUUUUUAUUAUUUCAUUCACAGCAAUAAUGGUCUCGGCGAUCGACAAAGAAGCUCAUUUAUUGAGCAGUUUGCAGUCUUUGAUCAAAGCACAAUCAACGCGCAUGGGACUGUACAAAGAAUUCAACGAUGCGUUUCAGGACUAUCUUGAUGACAAAUGCCCGGAAGAGCAAUAUUACUCCGUAUGUCGUCUCGUGACAGAAGGUUUUCAAGAAGUCUCGACGGAGAUUCAGUCGAUCGAACAAGAUAUGAAUGACGAGUGUAAUCGAAAAGAUUUGGGAAGCAUGAUCCGACAGCUUCAGGAGAAGGAAAGAGCAAAAUUGCACGAGACAGUGCAUCUUCAAAUUUACACAAUCAAAGCACGCAAGGGCGACAAGGACUAUGAUGCAACCUUGCAGGAGCAUAAUGCAAGAUUGAACGAAAUCGCAAAGGAUAUUAGCGAGAUAUGGGAUGAGAUUCGGCAAGAGUCAGCAGAAUUAUCAUACACCUUGUCAGCAUAAUAAGAACA